CUCGUCAUGAGAGAGAGAGCAUGAGGACUUUCUUUCCCUCUGACAGAGUCUGUUCGUGUUUCUGACUCAUGUCAAGAGUGAUCCUGUGAAACGUCCUAUCAGUGAAUGAAACUCAGAUACACCCUGGAUUAUGGCUCUGCGUCCAAGGGUCAAGGCAGUAUGGAGGUAAUGAUACUGUAUAACCGAGCACUGCGUCCAAAGGACCUCAGAGUCACUUUGGGAAGCAGCCGACAUGUCAGCCAGGAUCCUUGUGGUGCUGCUGGCUGUGACCGGCCUCAUCUCUGCUCAGUCAGACUUGGAGAACGAGGCGAGGGACUUCCUGGAAAAGUUCGAUGUGGAGGCCUCGGCGCACAUGUACAACUACUCACUGGCAUCAUGGGCCUACAACACCGACAUCUCGGAGGAGAACUCAGACAAACUGGCAGUCGAGGGGCAGAUCUGGGGCCGCUUUUACUCCCAGAUGUCAAAUGAGUCAUUGAAGUACCCCGUGGACCAGAUCGCUGACCUCCAACUUAAAUUACAGCUCAUCUCCCUCCAAGACAAAGGCUCUGGUGCUCUUACCCCAGACAAAGCUGCACAUCUGAGUAAGGUGCUGAGCGAGAUGAGCACCAUCUACAGCACAGCCACCGUGUGUCUCACCGAAGACCUCCUGAGCUGCCAGACUUUGGAGCCGGGUCUGGAGAAGGUGAUGGCUGAGAGCACAAACUACGGAGAGCGCCUGCAUGUGUGGGAGAACUGGAGGAGGGAGGUUGGACAGAGGAUGAGGCCGCUGUAUGAAGACUACGUGGAUCUGAAGAAUGAAGCAUCCAAACUUAACGGUUUUGAGGAUUACGGAGCAUACUGGAGAUAUAACUAUGAGACCAUCGAGAGUGACCCUGAGCUGAAGUACACCAGGGAUGACCUGAUGGAGGACGUGCGUGACGUUUACCAACAGAUCAUGCCUUUAUACAAAGAGCUGCACGCCUACGUGAGAGCCAAAUUGAUGGAGGUUUACCCUGGACACAUCCAGUCAAACGGACCGCUGCCCGCCCACCUGCUGGGUGACAUGUGGGGAAGAUUCUGGACCAAUCUGUACAAUCACUCCAUCCCAUUCCGGGAUAAAUUAGAUAUUGAUGUCAGCGACACUAUGGUGGAGCAGGGCUGGACGGAAAUUCGUUUUUUCAAAGAAGCAGAGAAGUUCUUCAUGUCUGUCGGCCUGUACGAGAUGUUCCCAAACUUCUGGGAUGACUCCAUGCUGACAAAACCUCCUGGCGGUACCAAGGUGGUCUGCCACCCCACAGCCUGGGACAUGGGCAACAGAGAGGACUAUAGGAUCAAAAUGUGCACCAAGGUCAACAUGGACGACUUCCUGACCGUGCACCACGAGAUGGGUCACAACCAGUACCAGAUGGCAUACCGUAACCUAACCUACCCGCUGAGAGACGGAGCCAACGAGGGUUUCCACGAGGCCGUGGGAGAGAUCAUGUCCCUCUCUGCUGCAACGCCCAAACACCUGAAGGGCCUGGGCCUCCUGCCAGACAACUUUGUCUAUGAUGAAGAGACAGAGAUUAACUUCCUGAUGAAACAGGCGCUGACCAUCGUGGCCACACUGCCCUUCACCUACAUGCUGGAGGAGUGGAGGUGGCAGGUGUUGGCAGGAAACAUCACCAAGGAUGAGUGGAUGAAGCGCUGGUGGCAGAUGAAGAGGGAGCUGGUCGGCGUUGUGGAGCCACUGCCAAGAGAUGAGACCUACUGUGACCCCCCAGCUCUGUUCCACGUGUCCGGAGAUUAUUCUUUCAUCAGGUACUUCACGAGAACCAUCUACCAGUUUCAAUUCCAGAAAGCGCUCUGCGAGGCGGCGAACCACACCGAAGCCUUGUCCUCGUGCGACAUCACGGGCUCAAAAGCAGCAGGAACCAAGCUGAGGAAUAUGUUGGAGCUGGGACGGUCCCAGUCCUGGACCAGGGCUCUGCGAACGAUAUCUGGUGAUACCAGGAUGGACGCGGGCCCCCUGCUGGACUAUUUCCAGAAGCUGUAUGUUUGGCUGAAGGAGGACAACAUCAAACACAAGCGAACCGUCGGCUGGAACCCAGCAAUAGACCCAUAUUCAAAGGAUUCCAUUAAAGUGAGGCUGAGUCUGAAGGCUGCCAUGGGCGAAGACGCUUACUCCUGGAACGACAACGAAAUGUUCCUGUUCAAGGCCAACAUGGCGUACGCUCUGAGGCAGUACUACGCCCAAAUGAACAAGACGAUGGAGUUUACAUCUAAAGACAUCAUCGUCUGUAAUGUAACUGAGAGAGUCUCCUUCAUCAUGGUGGUCACUUAUCCAGACUCUGUCUCCACAAAUGUCCCAAAGAAGGAUCUGGAGGCUGCCAUACGGUUAAGCCGAGGCCGAAUCAACGACGCCUUCCAGCUGAAUGACAACACACUGGAGUUUUUGGGGAUCCCCCCAACUCUGGCCCCCCCUGUGCAGCAGCCAGUGGAGGUGUGGCUGGUGGUGUUCGGGGUGGUCAUGGGAAUCGUGGUUCUAGCAGGCGUCUACCUGGUCGUCUCAGGUGUCAGAGAGCGCAAGAAGAAACCUGCAAAGCCUAUCGUGGAGAAUCCUUAUGACUUGAACUUUGAAGGAGAAACCAACAAAGCGUUUGACGACAGUGACAAUGAACAAACUGGAUUCUGAGUCUCGCCCUUGGAGCGGAGAGGAAAACGUCCUUUAGAUAAAAUAAACUCACAUCCCAUGAGCUCUUAACAACCUUCAUAAUAACUUCUAAAUGUCUAAAUGUGGGAAAGAUUUAGUUUGUCGAGUUUUAGAAAGUGUGUGUAAUUUAAUGUAAACUUAAUUAUUCUAAAUGCUGAGUAGACUUCAGUGUGUACUGAGUGUUGUUCUUAAACUCCUCACACUUAGAUCCACCUCCAGCUGAAUUCAGAGGGUGCUGUUUUUAGACCGUUAAUUUCUGUCUGUUUGAAGGUUUACAUUUUGAAAUAAUGACUCAUGUUUAACUUUGUGUAUACUAUAAUGAGCUCAAACUUUAUAUAAUAUAAAGGUAUUUUGGAAUAAUGUAGUAUACUUUGAUUACAUGUACUUUCUUUAUGUAUUGUAAAAUGUAAAUUUUAUACUUGAAAUAUUAUAUAAAUAUAAUUUUAAUAACUCAA